UCAUCCUGUCUGAAACUUGGUAGGAUUCGCAGAUGUUCAGAACAUUAUCCUUCACAUCUACACCUUUCAUCGGAAGGGUACAGGUCCCGGAAUCUAUGUUCACGAUGGCAAGAGCACAAGUGAUCGCCACUCCAAAAAUACCGGUCGUCUUCCCCGGAUCGACGAAGCAAUGCAUUUCCAACGUCGAUUUAGGAGUUCACGGAGUCGUUCAAAGGCAAUCUUGGCCUAACAAUUUAUCCACCAAGGAAGGCAAGUCCCGGAUACCGCGGUUCGAUCCUAUGUUCAUCGAUGACGCUUACGAUAAGUGUAGGACCAUUUGCGCCGAGUAUGCCAAGACUUUCUAUCUAGGCACCUUGUUGAUGACAAAGGAGCGGCAGAAGGCAAUAUGGGCAAUUUAUGUUUGGUGCAGGAGGACCGAUGAACUGGUCGACGGACCGAACGCGGACUACAUGAAUUCGGAAGUACUAGAGAGGUGGGAAGAGAGACUGGAAGAUAUCUUUGAGGGACGUCCCUACGACAUGCUCGAUGCUGCACUAUCCGAUACCGUUUUCAACUUUCCCUUGGAUAUCAAGCCUUUCAGGGACAUGAUUGAGGGUAUGAGAAUGGACACUAGAAAAUCACGCUACAAAAGUUUCCAAGAGCUUUACCUUUAUUGCUACUAUGUAGCAGGAACCGUCGGAUUAAUGAGUGUUCCGGUUAUGGGAAUCUCUCCGGAAUCCUCUGUUCCGGAUCAUACUAUAUAUACUGCAGCACUCUACUUGGGCAUUGGGAAUCAGUUAACCAACAUUCUUCGAGAUGUAGGAGAAGAUGCUUGCAGGGGGAGAGUUUAUCUUCCUCAAGAAGAACUCACACAGUUCGGAUUAUCCGACAAAGAUAUAUUCUCCAGAAAGGUAACUGAUGCCUGGAGAGAUUUCAUGAAGGAGCAAAUCGUGAGGGCAAGGUUCUUUUUCAAUCUAGCAGAGGAGGGAGCUUCCGAGCUCGACAAGGACAGUCGAUGGCCGGUAUGGUCGUCGUUGAUAUUGUAUCGGAAGAUAUUGGAUGCAAUUGAGGAAAACGAUUAUGAUAACUUGACGAAACGAGCCUAUGUAGGAAGGACUAAGAAACUUCUCACGUUGCCCUGGGCGUACAGUCUAGCUUUAUCGAAACCUGGUUUGACCCUUCGUUGAACACGAAUCAGCAUUGCAAUUAAAAAUGUUUGAGAUAGAGAUUAUAUAAGAAGAAUAUAAAAAAAUGUAAUUUUGAUAGUGAAUUUGUAUG